AUGUCAGUACUGGUGUCCGCAACAUCCAACGCGGGCUUCCGGCCUGAGCAUACAGUGUGGAGUGUCGCACGAGCACCACAGCUCGGAGUCGGACCGAACACGAACACGGUCCGGGAGGACAGAGCGGUGGAGCAUACAUCCAUCGAGGACGGUGCACUGCCGAACAAACGUCGGAUUGACUCACUGACCGCGCGCUGCGUGCGCUCCGAUGUGGACAUGGAUCACACAAUCCCGGUCAAUGCGAUACGGCACGAUUGA